AUGGCGGAUUCCUAUGCCUGUAAAGGUGGAAGGAAAACCGCAGGCUCGAACAAACCCGCUGCCAGCAAAGAAAGCAGGACGGAGACGAGGAUAAAUCCACCGGCAGAGCUGCCCAGGCUCGGAAAUGCAACCAGUGACAAAACAGAAGGCAGGAAGAAAGGACGACCCAAGGCCGAGAACCAGGCGCUGAAAGACAUCCCGCUCCCCCUGAUGAACCAGUGGAAGGACGAAUUCAAAGCCCACUCCAGAGUGAAAUGUCCCAAUUCAGGCUGCUGGCUGGAGUUCCCCAGCAUUUACGGCUUGAAGUACCAUUAUCAGCGCUGCCAAGGGGGUGCGAUCUCAGAGAAGCUGACGUAUUCCUGCUCCUACUGCGAAGCUGCCUUCACCUCCAAAACCCAGCUAGAAAAGCAUCGGCUCUGGAAUCACUUGGACCAGCCAGUGCCAACCAGCAAACCAGAAAACAAAGUGCCGAAGGCCAUUGGGAAGAGCAGCAGCAAGAAAAGAGCUGCUGAGAGUUCAGCUUGCCCCACCAUCCAUCCCAAACAGGCAAAGACGGAAAAAGCCGUGGCCCAGGACCACGCCGAGAACGGCGAGUGCCUGGCGGAGAGCCGGGAGAGCAAGGAGUUUCAGAUCGCAGCAGCCGAGGCGAUGGCAGCCGCCACCCCCACGGCGAAGUCCUCGAGCGGCAAGGAUGCCACGCAGCAGGGGGGCAGCCAGGCCUCGCUGCAGGAGGAAGACCCCGAGAGGAUGAAGCACAGAAGGAAACAGAAAACUCCUAAGAAGUUUACGGGGGAGCAGCCGUCCAUCUCGGGGACGUUUGGACUGAAAGGUCUCGUCAAAGCAGAGGACAAGGCGAAAGCCCAUCGAGCCAAGAAGCUGGAGGGGAACACCAACACAGAGGAGCUGAAAAAGAAACCUCCAGGAGCCGGCGUGAAGAAGGAAGCGGCUGUGCAUCUGCCGGCAGCAAACCCCGAGGACCAGUGGCAGCGGGAGAUCAGCGAGAAGGGAGAGGUCGCCUGUCCAACCUGCAGCGUUAUCACCAGGAAAACUGUUGUGGGGCUCAAAAAGCACAUGGAUGUCUGCCAGAAGCUGCAGGAUGCCUUGAAGUGUCAGCACUGCAAAAAGCAAUUCAAGUCCAAAGCUGGGCUGAAUUACCACACCAUGGCUGAACACGUCAGCAAGCCCGUUCCCGUGGAAACCGCUGGACUUGAGGUGUUUAUACACGUGGGAGUGCGAAAGGACGCGCCUCCGGAGGAGCCAGAGGUGAAGCCGGAGCCUGGCCCCGGCUGCGUGGCCAACUUCUCCAGCCUGAUGGGCUACCAGUACCACCAGAAGCGGUGUGGGAAGCAGCUCGCCGAGGCCGACAAGCCCGUCUUCAGCUGUCCACACUGCGGCAAGAAGUACAAAUCCAAAGCCGGCCACGACUACCAUGUGCGGUCAGAACACUCGGCCUCGCCUCCGGAGGAGCCAGAGGUGAAGCCGGAGCCUGGCCCCGUAGAAGAUUUUGAGAGGACGCCGAGCGGCCGCAUCCGUCGGACGUCGGCCCAAGUAGCCGUCUUCCACCUUCAGGAGAUAGCGGAGGACGAGCUCGCCAGGGAUUGGACCAAGCGGAGGAUGAAGGACGACCUGGUGCCUGAAACGAAGCGG